CCCCCUUCGUCCGCUCACUCUUCAGCUUCAACACCAGCAACCAUGUUCGGAAUCACCAAAUGCAUCAUGCGCGGCUCCUCGAGGCAGCAGCUCACUUCCAAGCGUGGACGCAACUUUUACAAGGGAACGGGAAGUGGUGCCAUGGGUCGCCAUACAAAGCGUGGAGGCUAUUUGAUUGAGUGGGAGAAGGUCCGCUCAUUCGUCGUGCCAGACCUGACCGACUUUAAGUUGCUCCCUUAUGUCUCACGCUCGACUCAGAAGACUACCGGCGCAUUUAGUGCAAAGGAUUAUUUUAUGAAGAACGAGCAGUCUGCCACUGACAGGAUCGCAUAAUCAAACUAUCAAGGCAGCUUCCGGUUAUCCCCUCUUCUCUGAUUGACCAACGGCAUUGGAUUUCGAAAACCGAUAAAUCCCUGCUCCUCCUUCAAGAAUACAGCACACCCGUUACACGAAACCAUUUUUCCAUGUAUAUUUACUUCUCCUUUACUGCCAAUAAAAUCUCCAACGCAGCUUCAUAUCGGUGCCUUUGGAUGGGAGGAAACAGCUGUGUUGUGUGUGGCAGUG